AUGUUUAAAGAUGUUCAUCUCAUGCUGUUCGUUGGACUGGGCCUCAUGCUGUCAUUUUUAAAACUCUACAGCUUCGGUGGAAUUGCCUUCAACUUUUUGAUUGGAAACUUUGCCAUUCAGUGGUCUUUGGUCGUCCAAGGCUUCUUCUAUCACUACAAAGAAGGGAAGAUACACUUGAGGUUGGAAAAUGUCCUUGAUGCUGAGUUCGCUGCAGUAACAACGCUUAUAUCAGUUGGAGCCAUUAUGGGAAGGGCCAGCCAUGUCCAGUUGCUGCUGUUCUCUGCCAUGGAGAUUCCACUUUUUGUGGUCAAUGACUGGCUUGUAAACAAAUAUUUUCACGUUAUUGAUAUUGGAGGGACAAUUGCCAUUCACAUCUUCUCGUGCUACUUUGGCUUAGGUGUGGCCCAAAUUCUUUACCAACCUGAACUACGAAAUACUCACCCAAAAGAGGCCACCACUGCAAAAUCUGAUUUACUUUCUUUUCUUGGUACUAUUUUUCUUUGGAUUUUCUGGCCAAGCUUCAAUUCUGUCUUAGCCAAAACUGAAGAUGCUCAGUAUCGAGCCAUUGUCAAUACGUUCUUUGCCCUGAGUUCUGGGACAAUCACCACCUUUGCUCUGUCCAGCCUGAUAGACGGAAAGGGAAGGAUUAGCCUAGUGCACCUUCAAAAUGCCUCCUUGGCAGGUGGGGUGGCCAUUGGAAUCACUGCAGAUCUGAUUAGCCCUGGAGGGGCAUUUGCUGUAGGUUGCAUUGCAGCCAUGUUCUGCAUACUUGGAUACCAGUACUUCAGUUCUUUCUUGGCCAGAAAGAUCAAGCUCCAAGACCAGUGUGGAAUUCACAACCUUCAUGGCUUACCAGGCAUUGUCGGCACCUUGAGCAGCAUUGUGAUUAUUUUAUCAGGAUCAAUUGAUACGUAUGGCUCUAGCCUACUUUUGGAAGUUCUUGGAAAUCAGUUCUUGGAAAACACAUGGACGGCAACAGAUCAAGCCCUCGGACAAGCUGCAGCCUUUGGGGUAACAUUUGGCAUGUCCUUGUUGGGGGGUUACAUUACUGGACUCCUUCUGAGGCUACCUUGCUUUGUCCAUCCUUCAAAGGAUUACUUUUUGAUGAUCGACUCUAUUUCCAAAUGCCAGAAGAUCACAACAGCAAAUCAUUUUCCAAUGAGAAGCUUCAUGAACACUUGCUGA